CGCCAAUAGCAGCAGCUCCUGCUGCUGUCAAGGUGGCGAAGGCAGCUUCUAAGCAGGCGUGCUCAGCUGUAGUGGAUGCAGCGGACGCGCAGUUCCCUUUCACCCAUACCCUGGGUGGCAGCACGCCCUCCGCCGCUUGCAUACUGCCAGCUCCCCAGCCCAGCCAGCGCCUGCCGCCGCAGCAGUCACAGCAGCAGCAGCAGCUGGGGUUCCGGUGUGAUGCCGCAACGUCGCCCUUCACCAUCCCUGCACCGCCGGCGGGUGCUGCUGUUCACAUGAACAGCCACAGCGACAACAAUGCCGACCAAGCAGGCAGGAGCAAUGCCGACCAUGGCCGUCCGUCGGGCCUCCGACCUACUCCACGACGCUGCCUGUUCCCCUGCUGCUCCCAGUUGGCGCAUGGCGACGUCAGGGGCUGCUGCUGCGGGUGCGGACCGGCUCGUGGGAGUGGGGAUGUGAGUCUGGGUGCAGUUACGGUCGACACGGGAGCCAGCGGCGCCCCCGCGAGCGCACAGCAGCAGAAGCGGCGCCAACAGCAGCAAGGCAUGGAUACAGCGGCUCCUGCUGCGAUGCACCUGCAUGCAGAGCCACGGACAUGCCCGCUGCCAGCAGCAGCACCACCACCACAUUUGGUACCAUACCAGGGCGCCUCCGCUGCGUGUCCUUGUCCCCACUGCCAGCAUGCGGCGGCAGCAGCAUUUGUUCCGCCACCACCAGCAGCAACACCAGCAGCAACACCAGCAGCAACACCAGCAGCGCCGUCCUCCCGCGUCUACCCGCAGCCCGGUUCCACCAGGGCGGUUGCAUGCGGCUACCCGCCCACCUCCUACCAGGCCCUCCCCUUUGGCCCCUCGCCCACACGGGCACCCUACGGUGCUGCAACCCCAGCGGCGGCGGGCUCCGCGGCUCCCCUCCUCGCCUCGCGCCAGCCCCGCUACCCCACUCCGCCAGCAGCUCCCCAUUGCUCCCUUCCGUGCUGCUACGCUCCCCUACCGCCUCAUCCUCGUGCAGCAACCGCAGCAGCAGAACGGACGAGCACCGUUCCUACAUACCGCAAACAGGCAAGCCAGUGCAACGCCACCAGCAGCAGCAGCCAAUGCAACGAUGUCAGCCGACGCCAGCAGUAGUGCUGCAGAUGCCGCUGCAGCAGUAGCAAGCGCCAACACUAAUAGCACAAGCGCCGCCCAACCCACUGCUUCCGACGCAGCUGCUCCUCCUGCAGCCACCGCCUCCUUCACCACAAGCGGCUCCUCUGUGGUGCCUUCAGACGCCCGACCCACCAUGUGUGCUACCACCUCCAACACCAAUAACAACAACAACACAGCCACUGCCACCCAUCCCAUGGUGCAGCUGCCACCCGCAUCCCUAUCCCGGCCCUGCAGCUGCAUUCCACCGCCACCGCCAGUGUCAGCGCCACCACCACCACCCCACCGCCACCCACACUACCACCCCUACCUCCUCCACGGCUAUCCGUACAGCUGCGGCCGCCAGCCCGCCAGCCUCCCCUUUCCCGGCUGCCUCCAGCAUCCCGCCGCCUGCUCCCACCCGCUGGUGCAUGCACGCCACCCCCACCCUUACAGCCGCGAUCAGCGCACCCAGCCGCCCCUGCCGCAGCCAUCUGCAUGUGCCGCGCCGGCAUCCAGCGGGGCUGCUGUCCCCAGCCAUCCCUACUGCCACCAGCAGCUACAGCACCUCCAUGUCAGCUGCUAUGCUGGUCAGCCGUACCCUCCCUACCCGCAUUCCCACCCGCGCCCCUACGCUUGCUCCUACUACCAGCCUACUCACCAACAGCAGCAGCAGCAGCAGCCUCCUGGUGCCGGGCAUGGGGGCAGCAGCCAGCGUAGCGGGCAGCAUGGAGGGCAGCAGCAGCCGCAGCCCCGCCCGCGGGAAGAAGAAGAAGAGGCGGAGGCGGAUGGGGAGCAGCAGCAGCCAGUAGGCAGCAGCAGUCGCUGCGUUCGCACCAGGUACGCCUACGGGCCCCAUGCGUCACCUGGCAUGGCCAGUAGGGCCCUGCCACUGCCGCCGCCGCACCCGGCGACCGGCAGCACUGCCACAGCACCUGCUGCUGCUGCUGCUUCGGCAGUGGCAGCGGCCUGUCUGCCUGUGUAUCCCCCUCCUUACGGGCUUUCCAACAGCGCGCAGAGGCAGCAGCAUGACGGCAUGCAUGCAGGAACAGCUAGCGGCGGCAAUGGGGGCGGUGCAAGGGAACGAAGCCUGGUGGCCAGGGGCGGUGCAGAGUUCCGAGGGGUUGGCAGUGGCUCCCAAGCGGCAUGUGCGGGAGCUGUGAUGCUGUUGCCGCCGUACCUGCACCGGCCGGUGCCCUUACCCGUGCAGCCGGCACCCGCAGCAGCAGUCUAGGGAAGCCUCCUAGGGUUCAGAAAGGGCAGUAGCAGAAAGAACAAGAGCAGCAGCAGCAGUAACAGGAGCCGCCUGGGCGCACAGAAGCACCAGCGGAUAGAGGUGUUGGCUGGUACGACAAUGAUUGGGUGCGUGGCUAAUACCUUCCAUGGCUCGGUCAGCGAGUUCUAGACCGCGGAGCCUUAGCAGCAGCUGAUAGCUGCGGGUGCGAUAAAAACGGACAUUCUGGCAGGAUGCAAUGCAGUCCCCAAAAGCUGCAUCUCGGUAAGUACGGCAGCUGUAGAGGCAAUCGCACGCAUCAUAAUCAGAAACAGCAGCAGAGCAGACCCUGCAGAUGUUGCAGCAGAGAGAGCUGCAGACCUGCCAAACUUGAGCAUCCAAUCUAUAUACAGGGCGGGCAGCAGUUGCCUGGCACGCCAAAGCGCGCCAGUGUUGCAGUUAGCGGUGCGGUUGUAGUAGCCGUACGGUCUCUAGGACCUUACUAAUAGCGGUCUUUUUUCCCCAGACUAUUUGGUCUUCCUUUGUUGCGUUAUAUUUGGAUACACGUAUUUUUACGGUUAUUUACACUUAACUUCAAUUAAAACUACAGAGUCCAUCCGUGCCUUGAGUAGGCCGGUUACAUACUUGAUGCAGAGGGUAGUGCUGUCAGAAUUAGAGACACACAGGAGCCUUAGUUGGUGAGAGUUUAGGCGCUAGUCAGCGUGAGGCAGGAAUAGGAGCGUCUUGGCUAAAUGUUGGCAAUCACAAUGAGAGGGGAACGGAAUGUGUGUUAGUAUGUUGUGCCAUGUGCCGCAUUACCUGCUGGAGUUGGCGGUCCGGAUGUUGAUGCGUUGUACCGGGAUAUCUUGGAGUGUGGAGGCAGUCGGCAAGUGGUGGCAUGGUUUGCGCUUUUAUCCAAACAGGGUUGUCAGUAAUUUUGCAGUCAGGCGAGGCGUUAUAUGCCGAUUAGCUUUGAUGACUAGGUUAGGGCGUCUCGUGGUUACAAUUAGCAGGCAUACACGCGCGUUGUUGUUAACCCAGCUUAUUCCGAAAGCGUAUUGGGGUGUUCAUGAGACAUGGGGGCAUUAUUUACUCUUUUUAUGCUUGUGUUGUACCUUUGUGGGAAAGGCUAGAGCAUGGGAAGCGCGGGGAGACGUUUAUUGGUGGUAGCUUUAGCUGUAGCAGUGUCUUCAUGUUUAGCGGAAGACCAGACACAAUUGCAUAGCUGUCUACUUUUCUUCUCUCACAUUAUCAAAUUAGGGUUCUUGGAUACUUUUGUUGAGUUCUCGUAGUCGCUUCCUCUCGUGUGAGUGCGUAGAUGAUUGCAGCUUGGAGCGUAACUGACCCAUGGGUCGCGCGUUCCAGAGAUACGUAAUAGCUGCUAGGCCGGCUAAAGGCAGGAGUAGUUCCUUGUAGUUCCUUGAUAGAAAUGCCCUUGUAUAAAUCCUUGUUAGUCAUAGUGGUGGUGGUAUG